GGCUUGGCCAGCGCAUCCACGUUUAUCGCUUUCAUAGAAAUCGCUGUCUUACACCGCAUAGAUUUGUCGCUCUACCUCUUCACGUUGUAGAAGCCGGAUUGAACGAAACGGAUUGAGAUUGAAAAAGGAAUCAAUUGGGCUUCAAAUAUCAAAAAAGCUUAGUGACCGAGAAACACACACCCACACACUCAGAGAGAAACAAGUAACACAACUAAACAAAAGGAGGGGGAGCUAAAGAAUGUCUGUUGCGCGCUCUGCCUAUCGUCAACUCCUGCGGGUGGGGACGAAGGUGUCGGACAAGUACACCGAUCCCAACGACAUGUGCUUUGCGCUCUUUGGCCUCCUUGUCACGCGGCAGGACUUCGUGAAUGCGGGGUACAGCGGGCACUUCCCUACUAUCCUGCGCACCUGCUUUUUGCGCCCCUCCGUCCGCGGCGAUGCGCACGACACGGUGAGCGCACGCAUCAGUGCCGCCUUUGACGCUCUGCGCCGUCUGAACGAAAUCAACGCCUCCAAUGCGGCCUUUCGCAUUCGCGACCUGCGUCGGCAGAUGGCUGAUACGGCGGAGGCAAAGGAUGGCGCGGUGACUGCGGAACCUUCGCCAGAAGCAACCAAGUCGAAGGGAGGAGAGACAGGCGCAACAGCCUCUGCCAGCACCAGUAGUGGUACUGCCGCUGCCACUGGCACUACUUCAUCAACGGGAUCCACUACGCUAGCAGGUAAUGAGACGCCAGCGUCGACUUCUGCACCUCCGGCAGACGCAGCAGCGUUCUCUUCGCCUUCUUCGCCUCCCUCCACCGCAUCUGCGCUGAGCGGGGCAGAGGCGUUGGCCGCGGCAACCUCCAGCGCCGCUCGCGCCGCAUCACACUCCAAAACGGGCAGCACCACGUACAGAUUAGACGAGGGGGUCGACCUGAUCCGGGGGUCCGUGCUGAUCGAGCGCUCCUCGCGUCGUCGGAUACAGAACUUUCCGCGGCACUGCGUCGUGUGCGAGCCGAUCAGCAUGCUCUUCCCGCCGUACCGCUUCUGCCUGCCACCCGAGCCGGCGUACCUACUCGCCGUGCGCAACGAGUUCGUGCUGUACGGCAUUACGGACGUGCUGUUGGCCCUGUCGGCGACGAGCAUCCUCAACACACCCCGACCGGCGUGCCAUCGCGGCGCGGAAGGCGUGAAGGACAGCCCCGCCGUGUUGGAGGGGGGCGACGAUGAGGCGGCGGCACCGCGCGGUUUCCCGACGACGCGUGCGGAGCUGCAGCAGCUCGUGCGUAAAAUACCGACCCGCACCGUCAUCCAGACGGACGUCCUGGAGGUGGAAAUAACGACGGAGUACGUGUGCUCCAACCCCGCCACGGCGUCGAAUGGGUCCACUUCAACCUCCCAUUCCACGGCAGCGGCAGCACCAAAGAAGAAAAGCAGCAUGGACGGCGCCUUCACUUCCACCACACCGUUAAAGGGCGGGCCAACGCCGUCGCCGUUUGCCGGAGGAGACAGCAGCAGCAGCGGCGGUGCCCGACACACGAGCGCGUCUUCCACGAACAGCGCCACAUCCGGCCCCGGCUCCGCCCUCUCAGAGGACGAUGACACGAAGGCGCAUCUCUUCUUGUAUUACGUAUACGUGCGGAAUCGCGGCCCGCAGAAGAACCCGCACCGCUGGCACGCGCAAGUCCUCUCGCACCACUUCGUCGUCGUCGAUGUGGCGCAGGCGCAGGUGCUGGAGAUGGGCCGCCCGGGUGUGAUGGGCAACUUCCCGCUGCUCCCGCCCGGCGCGUCGCACUGCUUUGAGAGCGGUACCACCCUCUCCGGCCCCGAGGGCUUCCUUCGCGGCUCGAUUCAGGUGAACCUGUUCAACGACGCGGGUGAGAUGAUGAUGCUCGACGCGGCGGUGGCGCCGACGCGGCUGACGGUGGAGGUGACGAGUGCGAAGGGCUUUACAAGUGGGAAGAACGCGCGGGACGAGCUGGUGCAGCGCAGCAGCGAAGGUGCGUCGAGUGAGGAAGGCAACGAGGAAUAG